AUGGGUUGCGUGAUCCUGCGCUGGAUGCCAGUGCAGAUGAAGGCCGUGUGGGACGCCACCGGCGCCCUGUGGGCCAAAGGAUCGCUGGUGGGCAAGCCCGCCGCCGCCUUCACAUCCGUCGGCACACAGGGAGGAGGCAUCGAAACCACCAUUAUGACUGCCGUUACUCAGUUUACUCACCACGGCAUGAUCUUCGUGCCCCCGGGAUACUCCUUUGGCGCCGACAUGUUCAGCCUGGAGGCAGUCAAGGCGGGCUCUCCCUGGGGGGCCGCCACCUUUGCCGGGGCGGACGGCUCUCGACAGCCCACUGAGGUGGAGCUCCAGUACGCCAAGCACCAGGCGAGUGGCGCCUACUUUGCCAGGGUUGUCAAGAAGCUGGCGGCGGCCACGCCUGGCACGACAGCUGCGGCAAGCUCGCCGCGGGCCAAGCUCUGA